CCUGUCUGUCACCUCCCAAGAAUACUAGCUUUGAGAGGGAGCAGCUGAUUGGCUGGUCCUCUGCAGGUUGAGGUUAAACUACCUGAAAAUGAUGAAGGUGGGUGGAGACGCUGCAGAGGACAUCUGAAAGCUGCAGACUGCGAUACGAGGACAGAUUUGGAUCAUCACUCACUCUUCACCCACCUUUAAAUCUGGUUUUCACCGCCCACUUAAGAUGUCGAUAUUCAGGAAGAUCUUUAAAGAUGUCAUCCCUCACAAAAACCCAGCUGAUGACAGCGCUAAGGUGAAGGAAAAGCCAAAGCCUAAGUAUUAUGGAACCGUCACCCCGUACCCGAAUUUUGAUGCCAGCAGUGACGCUUCAGUCCUUCAGAGCGCAAUUAAAGCUAAAGGAGUGGAUGAGGAUGUGAUUGUUUCAGUCCUGGUAAAGAGAAACAAUGAGCAGAGGCAAAAAAUCAAAGUUGUUUAUGAGGCGAAAGCUGGAGGGAGUCUGGAAAAAGCUCUGAAGUCAGCUCUCAGCUCACAUUUUGAGGAUGUGUGUCUGGCUUUGAUCAUGAGGCCGGCACACUUUGACGCCUACCUGCUGGAGAAAGCCAUAAAGGGUCUGGGUACAGAUGAGAGAGUCCUGGUGGAGAUUCUAGCAACAAGAUCAAACAGAGAGAUUCAAGAAAUCAAAGAGGUCUUCAAAAAAGAGUAUCAAAGGGACCUGGAGCAGGUUAUCAAGGAAGAGACCAGCGGUGACUUCACCAAGGCUCUCCUGGCUAUGCUGAGUGCUCAGAAAGAUGAAAGCACUGAAGUAGAUUCUGAGCUUGCCCGAAAGGAUGCAGAGAUUCUAUUUGAAGCCGCUAAGCAUACUUCGGCAGCCGACGUGUCCUCCUUCAUUAACAUCCUGACAAAGAGGAGCAACGCACAGCUCUGCAAAACAUUCCAGCAAUAUGCCAGCGUGAGUGACGUGACGUUGCCUAAGGCCUUGGAAAUGGAGCUAAAGGGAGACAUUGAAAACUGUCUCAUUGACAUUGUGAAAUGUGCCUUUAAUACCCCGGCUUUCUUCGCUGAGAAGCUCCAUCUGGCUAUGAAGGGUCUCGGCACAUGUGAGAAGACGUUGAUUAGGAUCCUAGUAAGCCGCUCUGAGGUCGACCUCAAGAAGAUUCUGGAGCAAUACAAGCUCAUGUGUAACCACAGCGCUCAGGAGGACAUUCUGAAAGACACCAAGGGACAUUUUCAACAAGCCCUGCUUGGGUUGUGUGGACCUCAAUGAUAUUCUGUUCUCAUCACUUUGCAGCUCAUUAAGAAAAGAACUUUCUUAUCAAGUUGCUGUUAAAAUUAAUGAGUAUCUCAAACUACUUCUAAUGAUUGAUUAUCCAUUGCAUUUUGUGCCUUUUCUUCCUCCAGAAAACAUGUUUCACAUGGUUGUUUUUAUGGAAAUUCUUUUCAUCUGUAACUUUUUCAUCUGCCUCUAAUAAAAUAUCUGAGAUGUAUUCAUGUGUCUUAAACUCUUCUGCU